GCUAGCUACCUGACUCCAGGCUGCCUCAGUGGGUCUUUCAAACCCACCGAUCACCGAUGGCUGAGACAGAAAUAAGUAAUUAGUAUUUUGUGUUUCUGAUUAAAAAGGUUUCUGUAACAUACAUAUAUAAAUAUAUUCUGAGGACAUUCUCGAGAAGCUGAUAAAAUGAUGCGUUUUAUGCUGCUGUUUAGCCGGCAGGGGAAGCUGCGGUUGCAGAAAUGGUACACGGCCACAGCUGAGCGUGAUAAGAAGAAAAUGGUGCGGGAGCUCAUGCAGGUGGUACUGGCCAGAAAACCCAAAAUGUGCAGCUUCCUGGAGUGGCGAGACCUAAAGAUAGUCUACAAAAGGUAUGCCAGUCUGUAUUUCUGCUGUGCAGUUGAAGAGCAGGACAAUGAGCUGAUUACCCUGGAGGUCAUCCAUCGCUUUGUGGAGCUGCUGGAUAAGUACUUUGGCAGUGUGUGUGAGCUCGACAUCAUUUUUAAUUUUGAGAAAGCUUACUUUAUCUUGGAUGAAUUUCUGAUGGGAGGAGAAAUACAGGACACUUCCAAAAAGAGUGUACUCAAGGCUAUUGAACAGGCUGAUCUGCUGCAAGAGGAGGACGAGUCUCCUAGGAGUGUACUGGAGGAGAUGGGCCUGGCUUAGAGUCCCCUCAGCCUUAGGAGGGACAGCUUUAGGUACUACUGUUCCAUGUGGUUAUGAGAAGAGCUUUUGAGGGGGGAGUUUGGGGAGAGAAGGUUAUGAAUGGGAGGAGGAAAGACACAACAGGACAACAGGGAUGGAUCAAGAGCAUAUAUACAACUCUGAUACUACUGAGUUCAGCGUGCGAUUGUAAUUAUGUUUCUUCAGCCCCUAUUUUUGUUUUCUUUGUCUUCAGGACAGCUGUGUCUAGCCAGAAUCCAUCCAAUCUUAUGACACACUAUACAAAGAAUAUUACAUUUACUCUCUUAAAACUGACUCACAGGCAUUUAUUUGUAAUAUGUUAAAAGAUCAUCAAGGCUUAUUGCGCUAACAGAGUGAGAUGGUUGUACAAUCUCAGCUUUUUGUCUGUGAGGUUAUUAUUCGUGCAACCCCCAAUUUUAUAUAUUCAUAAAUACUUUUGACCAUUUUUGCUGCUCAGGAAAGAUUUACAGUGACCAUUCAUGCAUGUCUAUUUUUAAAUGUGAUGCAAAGUUUAAGUGGAUAACCUUUCAGGUUUGAAAUGCUUACUAUUUUAGUGUAGGGACCACACAGUGAAUCUGUGUAUGUGUGUGUAUAUAUGUGUGUGUGUGUGUGUUUAUAGUGAGUGGGAGGAGUUCCUGUGCUCAUAGAUUUGUGCUUGCACAGUUGCACAAAAGCAGUUUUCCACAUGAGCCAGAUUUAAAAAUAAAGUUUGAUGUGUGUUCCACACCUAGGAAAUAGAAGAGGAAUAUCGAAUAGGCUAUUAAAUAUCAAUAGAAUAUUGAAUAGACUGUUGCAUAUGGUCUAUUCAAUCUGUUUUAGUUCUAUGAACCACUUCUGCGAAAGUCUCAGAAAGUCUGAAUGCGUGCGUAUCUUAAUAUAAAACAAGGCAAAAAAAUAAAUCCCACACACAAAAUGUCACUGAAUCCCAUUCCUGUUUUGUUUCUGUCUACUUCCUUCUUUCCAAAGAGAUGUUUCUGACUGUAAAUGUGUAGUCAAGGAAUAAAAAGGGAAUAAUAUUUGAAUAACUCGUUGUAAAACAAAGAAAAAGUGCUUUGACAUCGUGUGACCUAGUUUGGAUAAAAAGUUGGGGGUUUUUUAAAAAAAGAAAAGCUUUUUCAAGUGUGUAAAAUAAAGGAAUGUUUUGAGAAGGGUUUUUUAUACAAAACAAUUGAAUCAAUAUGUGUCAAAUCACAGAAGUUCAGUACCAGCUGUUCCAUGUGUUGCAUUGAGAGAAAGCAUGGUUUUAAAGGGGAGAUUAGAACUCUGUUAGAAUGUUAAUUAGAUGCAAAGAUAAACGCAUAGAUGUUCAGAGCAUUAUUUCUUAUAAUUUUAUAACUAAUAAUUUUAGAAAUGGGGAAAGAUAUGUCAUAGUUCUAUCUGGAUAAAUAGUGAAUCCAAAACACCUAAAACACCGAUAAAUGUCUGAAUCUCAUUUUUAGCCUUUACGUGUUUGAUCAUUCAGGCAACCUUUGCUGAGAAUAAAGGUGGGGGUCAUCAUAAAUAUAAACAUCUAUGAAUUCAGUAGCUAGUGUCUUACAAGACAGCUUGCUGCUGUGACGAAUGACAUCUUUGCCCCAAGAUAUAACUUGGAACCAUACUGUGUACUGAAAUAUUUUUGUUUGUUUGUCUGAUUCCUCUGUCACCUUUAGUUAAUGGAGGUUAAAAUUCCUUUCAUAUUUGAGUCUCUGGAAAAGUCAGGGAAAAAUAGUGGCAUUGGAUGUUACAAAUGUGUUAUAUUCUUUGUAUCCAGUGCCAUUUGACCAGUACAAUAAAAAUAAAAUACAAUUCUUGAACCGCUAGUUUUGAUUUGUUUUCCAUUCUGACACAGCGGUUUCAAGAUAUUUGUGAGAAGGUGCUGAACCCAGGUCUCUUCAGGUGAUUUGACAUGGAAUGACUCAAUUAAGUAACCCAACAUGAGGGCAUGUCUACCUGUCGAAUAGCUGUUAGGUAAUCAAAUCAGAGCGUGUGUGAAUGUAAUUUUAUAAUGAAAUAAAAAGCCAAUUUCAUUGUAAA